AUGCGUCGCGUAUUUCAAUUAAGCUCCACUUUAUUUUUGGCUUCCGCUCGUUUGUAUGGCACCCGCUACUUUACGGAUAGUCAUGAAUGGGUAGAACAUGAUGGUGGUGUUGCCACUAUUGGAAUUACAGCCCACGCACAGGAAAGUCUUGGUGAUGUGGUGUAUGUCGCACUUCCAAAUGUAGGGGAUCAAUUAAACGCAAAGGAAGUAUUUGGUGAGGUGGAAAGCGUCAAGGCCACCAGCUGUAUGUAUUCCCCCAUCAAUGGUGUUGUUGACGCCGUAAAUGACAGGGUAAAGGAUGAGCCAGCUCUCAUUAACCGUUCUCCUGAGGGUGAUGGUUGGCUUAUCAAGGUGAAAUGCAGCGAACUUCCUCAGGGGCUGAUGACCGCAGAAGAGUACAAGAAGUUUAUUGAUUAG